UCAACCUAACCUCUAAUUUUAGUGCAUCACAAAAGCCAAGCUCAAGCAUUGCAAUUAUCACUGACAACAAGUUUGUCAGUAUAUUUUUUUUGAAGUUUAUGAUUUAUUAAUUAUAAUUUAGUUAUUAUUUGAAUAUUAUUAUAACAUAAUGCGAAUCGCAGUGGAAGGAUGUGCUCAUGGGGAAUUGGAAACAAUAUAUAAAACAAUCAUCGAAGCUGAGAAAGUUGACAAGAAAAAAAUCGAUCUUCUAAUAUGUUGUGGAGAUUUUCAGUCGACUAGAAAUUUGUGUGAUUUAAAAUGUAUGGCUGUGCCUGAUAAAUAUAAACAAAUGUGCUCAUUUUAUAAGUAUUACUCGGGAGAAUUAGUUGCUCCAGUUUUAACAAUUUUUAUUGGAGGUAAUCAUGAAGCAUCGAAUUACCUUCAGGAACUUUCCUACGGAGGAUGGGUGGCUCCUAAUAUUUAUUACAUGGGUUUGGCCAGUGUGGUAAAAGUUGGAAGCAUAAGAAUAGCUGGUCUGUCUGGAAUUUAUAAGGGUCAGGAUUGGUUGAAAGGACAUUUUGAGAAGCCACCUUAUUCUGAACAAACACUACGUUCCGUCUAUCACGUUCGUAAUUUAGAAGUUUUCAGAUUGAAACAGUUGUCUGAUAAAAUUGACAUUUUUCUAUCGCACGAUUGGCCAAGAGGUGUAACAAAAUUUGGAAACGAGAGGAUGCUUCUUAAGAAGAAACCAUUUUUCAGAAGUGACGUCGAAAGUGACAGUCUGGGUAGUCCGGCAAAUACGGAACUCUUAAAAAAACACUAUCCCACCUUUUGGUUUGCUGCUCAUUUACACUGUAAAUUUGCCGCAUUAGUAAAAGAGGAGGAAGGUCCUAGAUGUACGAAAUUUUUAGCUUUAGACAAAUGUCUUCCAAGAAGGAAGUUUCUACAAAUUAUAGACAUUGAACACGACGAGAAUAUUCCUCUAACAUUAACCUACGAUUUGGAGUGGCUGACAAUUUUAUUUUUAACAAAUCACUUGUUGAGCGUUAAGAAUGUGAUGAAUAUAAUGCCAGGACAUGAGGACAGUGUACGAUGGAUUUAUACACCGACAGACGAGGAGAGGGAUAUUAUUUUAGGAAAAAUGAAUAGUGAUUUAAAAGUACCAUUGAAUUUUGUCAAAACAGAGGAGCCGUAUAAUCCCCAGACUUCGCCGAUUCAUUCCGAGAAGCCUCGUUUUCAAACUAAUCCACAAACGACGGAAUUUUGCAAUAAAUUGGGAAUUGACGAUCCUCUUGGUUUGCUGCAAUUAUUAUUAGGAAUCAAGGAAGAUAAGAGAGAUUCUAGUUUUUCGAAUACGGAUUUGGAUUCUUCGUAUGCUGUCGAGUUGGAUACGUCUGCCUCAGAGACUUUUGAUCAGACAUUCGAGUCUUCGUCGUGUACUCUCGACGAUGAGGAGAGUAGAAAAUUGUCUAUUUCUCAAGUUAAUAAUUCGCCAUCUCAGGAGAGUUUGGAUAACAUAUCACAACAGUCGCAACAAUCAAUUUCCGAAGAACCUAAAGAAGUAGCAGUUGCCCCAAUCGAACCAAAUUUAAAAAAAUUCAAAAGGCGGAAUCAAUCAAUUUAUUGUUCUCAGGAUUAAUUUCAAAAUUUGCAAUGUGUACAUAAUACAAUUGAUUUUCAAGAAAUUCUUGAAAUAUAUUUACUCGAUAUUCGAAAAUGAUAUUUUAUAUUGUUUUUAUACAAUAAAUCUAUAUUGUAUCAUUUUUUACAAUAAUUAAGUAAAUUUA